GACGACCACAGAAAAGCUUUCGUGUACAGAGAGUACGAGCUGUCAGCUGUUAAACUUCUCUGUCAUCAUGUUACGUGAGCGUGUUUAAUUAAAUGUCAAGUCCACUGAGCCGCUGGCAAGAAAAAGGGGGAACUGCUGUAACGUUAAGGUUUUUAGGGGGAACCUUUUAGCGGCGGACCUCGUUUCCACACGGAAUUAUAUCACGCUUGGACCGUAAAUACACCGUCGUAGCUGCUCCUGCGGUCCUGUCAGACUAGUGGAGAGGGGGGAAACGAUGAUUUAAUAAUAAUAAAAAAAGAAAGCAUCACCGUGUCAAUGACAAUGAGCCGGUAUUUUCACUCCGAGUGGAAACAGAGACGUUAAAUUCGUUGGUUCCGGGGUGAGAGUGUGACUGAACCGGGGGAUGGAGUCGUGUCGGCGGACGGGACUCAGCGGGGUCCUGUGCUCCCUGUCACUGCUGUGUGUCAUCCUGGACAUCCAGCUGGACGGUGUCUUAGGGGCGACUCAUGUCGAGAUUGAGCACCACUUGGAGAUGGGCCGCAAACUUUUGGCUGCCGGUCAACUGGCUGAAGCGUUGUCCCACUACCACUCGGCUGUAGAGGGAGACUCUAAGAACUACCUGACCUACUACAAGCGAGCCGCAGUGUUUCUGGCUAUGGGAAAAUCCAAAUCUGCCCUGCCAGACCUGACCAGAGCCAUCCAACUCAAGCCUGACUUCCUGGCUGCCAGGUUGCAGAGAGGGAAUAUCCUGUUAAAGCAGGGCAGCACGCAGGAGGCCAGGGAGGACUUUGAAGCAGUGCUGCAGCGCUCACCAGACCACGAAGAAGCUCAGGACCAGCUGAUGAGAGCGAACGAGCUGGAGGAGCUGCAGGAGGACGCUCAUGCUACCUACCACCAAGGGGACUACAGCGCGACCAUCGCCGUGCUAGAGAGAGUCAUUGAGAUCUCUCCUUGGGAUCCGGAGUCGCGGGAGCUUCGUGCAGAAUGUUACAUCCGAAUGGGGGAUCCACAGAAAGCCAUCCUGGAUCUGACGCCGACCACGAGGCUACGCAACGACAACCGCGCCGCCUUCCUGAAGCUCAGCACGCUGCACUACAGCCUCGGAGAUCACCGCGAGUCGCUCAAUCACAUCCGAGAGUGUCUGAAGCUGGACCAGGACGACAAAGAGUGUUUCAGCCACUACAAGCAGGUGAAAAAGCUCAGCAAGCAGCUGGACUCGGCGGAGGAGCUGAUUGAGCAGGACAGGCAUCAGCAAGCCAUUGAUAAGUAUGAAUCAGUGAUGAAGACGGAGCCAAAUGUCCCUUUCUACACCAACCUGGCCAAGGAGAGGAUCUGCUUCUGCCUUGUCAAGCUCAACUUGGCUCAGGAGGCCAUACACGUGUGUUCAGAGGCUCACCAGAGAGACCCGCGCAACGCCAACGUCCUCCGAGACCGAGCCGAGGCGUUCAUCCAUAACCAGGAGUACGAGAAAGCUGUGGAGGACUACCUCGAGGCGAAAGAGUUUGACAGCGAAGGCGACCGCGCCGACCUCAGAGAUGGACUGGAUCGAGCUCAGAAACUGCUGAAAAUCUCUCGUAAGAGGGACUACUACAAGAUCCUGGGUGUCAGCAGGAGCGCGAACAAGCAGGAGAUCAUCAAGGCGUACAGGAAGCUGGCGCAGCAGUGGCAUCCCGACAACUUCCAGUCCGAGUCGGAGAAGAAGGAGGCGGAGAAGAAGUUCAUCGACAUCGCCUCAGCUAAAGAGGUCCUCACUGACCCAGAAAUGAGGCAGAAGUUUGACGCGGGCGAGGAUCCCCUGGACCCGGAGAACCAGCAGGGUGGGGGUGGAGGCGGAGGACAGGGCUGGCCUUACCACUUCAACCCGUUUGAGUCCGGCGGCAGCUUCCACUUCAAGUUCCACCACAACUAGAGAGGAGGACUUGACGAACACCGGGAGGGAGGGAGGGGAGGGGACGGGGGACAUUCGGGGAAGAACAACGGCGGAUUUAUGGAGAAGUCUUCCUCAGAACUUGUGCUUCAGCUUGGACACAGUUUUGUCAAUUACUUGAACAUUUGAUUUUUUUUUUUUUUAAAUGCAGCAGAGGCUCGAGCUGUACAGUGAAAAAAAACAAAGAACUGGACUUCUUACCACUAAAACUUAUGGAUCUGAUCGGCUACUGGUGAAUUAAGUUGUCGCUGUGGUUGAAGGAAAUGAAAUCUUGUGUCAACACUUGAGAUCCAGAUAAUGAAAAGGUGUUUCUUAUUGUUUCUUUCUUUGUGCCAUUCUUCAAACCUUUUAUCAAGGGACUUUUUUUUUUUAAUGCAGUAGCUGCUUGGACUUUACAUAAGAGGAAUGUCAGUGUGUCGAUUUCUGCUCGCAGUAUUCUUUAAAGGAAUUACACGUUUACUGAUCUCGGUCUACAUUUUGUGACCACGUGGAACCUUCUCUGUCCUCCAAGAUUUUUAUACAUCACGGCAGCAGGAGGUUUAUUUUGAUUAGUUUUUACAUUAACGGUAAGAAGGAGAGACUUCCGCACUAGUAAAGGAAACUCGUGGGUUGUUAAAGCUUUGAAAUCCUAUGGAUCUUAAAUCAGUGUGGCUCUGUGAUUGUUUUGGAUUUCCUUUUAAAUUACCUUUUUGUUUUUCACCAGCUAUCUAAUUGGAAUAAUGUGUGAAUUCUGUAUUUUAUUGCAUCUUCAACAGGCUUUAUAUCCAGAUCCAGACAUUAUGGAUGUAACUUAUAAAUGAGCAAUUGGCAAAAUGUCACAAAGUUGAAUAUUCUGGACAAGAGUGUAACAAUUGAUGACUGAAUCAAGACUUGUAGUAUUUAGCUCGUUUUCCUUUUUCACUCAUUUCAAAGCACACCUUUGAAAACUUGCACUUUUACCCUUUUUUGUUUGAAAAACUCCACAUCUUCUCCACUCCUGAAAUGUUACUGCAGGUUUUUUAAAAGCCUUUUUCGAAGACUCCUUAUAAACUAAAGUGUGUCUUAAGUGGUUAUCUGAGAGCCUCAGUUAUAAAAGUACCACAGAAACAGAAAAGUGCACAUUUUAAAUGUUAUACUGAGCUGUGGUGGUACAUUAGUUGCAGGUCUUUGACAUAUUGUGUGUAAUUCACAAACUAUAUUUGUAACAGGAUGCACUGAGGAACAAUUUGAAAACUUAACCAUUAAGUUGCAGAUAAAAUCAAAACUUUGUAAAUGAGGCGCCAGUUUUACAACCAGGAAAGACACACAGAAGUUUAACCAUAGACUCAGAUUAUAUUCUUUUUUAGAUUUUACUUUUAAGUUAUUAUUUUUGUCCCAAAUGGCUUAAAGAUACGGCGACUCUUAACGGCUUUGAAUCCUGUCUACUGUGCGACUGUGUCAUCCACGCGUGACCGGGCUCUUUGUAUUUAAAUCGACUGAGUGGGACGGUUUUCUUUCUGGGUUUUCUUUUUAGGGUUUUUCUGCUGUAAGUGGCAUCAAUUUUACUGUUGCCAAACUGACUCAGCUGACAUGCUCAAGCGUAUUAAAAUAUUG